CCCCUUCUCUUCACACUCCUCACCUUCAUUGAUGUCUCGAGCAGCGCCUCCAACGUUUUCAACGUCGUUAGCUACGGUGCCAAACCGGACGGAGUCACCGAUUCCACCGCAGCAUUCCUCAAGGCAUGGCAAGGGGCUUGUGGCUCGGCAGCUUCAGCCACGGUGGUGGUUCCCAAGGGGACAUUUCUGUUGAAGACAAUAACGUUUGGAGGGCCAUGCAAGAGCAAACUCACAUUUCAAGUGGCCGGAACAGUCGUUGCUCCGGCAGAUUACAGGGCCUUUGGCAAUUCCGGUUACUGGAUUCUCUUCAACAAGGUUAACAGAUUCUCAC